AUGGAUGAGGACACCAUUCUGUUGGAAGAUGCCAGCGGAGGGCAGGCUACGAAUCCUAGCUACACGGAAACGACGUUACCAUCGACGAUCUUCAGGGUGGUAACUACAGCCACCGAAAUUCUAACAACACACAGUGUCCACUCCGUGGCCGAUACAACCUCAGCGGCAACGAGUACGACUCCUUUCGAACCCACAACAACGGAAUCUAUCGCUAGCAGCACCAUGCCGUCAGCUCCAGAGAUUCUGCUCUUUUCGUGGUUCGAUUACACGAUCUUUGCGCUGCUGUUGCUGCUUUCCACGUUUAUCGGUGUGUACUUCGGGUUCCUAUCGAAGAUCAAGCAGAACAACAAGAAAGAGUACCUGUUGGGUGGUAAAACGAUGAGUAAAUUCCCAGUUUCGGCAUCUCUCAUCGCAAGCCACAUCUCGGGAAUUACCAUGCUUGGCGUACCGUCAGAGAUGUACAGCCACGGCACGCAGUACUGGAUGUUCAUCAUUCCUGCCUUCACUGUGGCGUACUUGAUGAAGAAGAUCUACCUACCGGUGUUCUACGAUCUACAGGUAACAUCCGCAUUCACUUACCUCGAGCUGCGUUUCGACAAGUUCGUUCGAUCUGCCGCGAGCCUCGUGUACGCGAUCCAAUGCAUCAUCUACAUACCGAUCGUGAUCUACGUACCGGCGCUCGCGUUCAGCCAGGUGACAGGAAUCAACCUACACGUGAUCACACCAAUCAUCUGUGUGAUCUGCAUCUUCUACACCACCGUGGGUGGACUGCGAGCCGUCGUUUGGACGGACACACUGCAGUUUGUGCUCAUGAUCGGUGCGUGUCUGGCUGUGAUCGUCCUUGGCAUCAGCUCGGUCGGUGGUUUCGUUGAGGUUUGGGAAGCUGCUGAACGUGGCAAGCGUCUUGUCUUCUUCAACAUGGACCCUAACCCGUUCGUCCGAACGUCCUUCUGGACGGUUUGUCUCGGCCUGACGACACUCUGGGUGUCGAACCUCGCAGUGAACCAGGGCUGCGUCCAACGAUUCCUGGCCGUGCCCGACCUCAGGGUGGCCAAAAACUCGCUCAUCAUCUUUACCGGUGGGUUGAUCUUCGUCAAGAGCUGCUCAUGCUUCAUCGGACUGCUGAUCUACGCCAAGUACGAAUCGUGCGAUCCACUCUCGACGCAGCGCAUCUCCAAAGUCGAUCAGAUCCUGCCAUACUACAUCAUGGACGUGGGGAGUCGCAUCCCAGGCCUCCCAGGUCUGUUCGUAUCGGGUAUCUUCUCAGCGGCUCUUUCGACGAUGUCCUCCGUGUUGAACACGCUGGCCGGUACGAUCUACGAGGACUUCAUCCACCACCGGUUGCCAAAUGCGAGUGAAAAACGCGCCAGCAACAUCAUGAAGAUGCUGGUCGUAGCUCUCGGCUUCCUCGUGCUUGGGUUGGUGUUUGUCGCUGAACGCAUGGGUCAGGUCAUGCACAUUGCCAUCUCACUGUCGGGUGUUACUUCCGGUACGAUGUUGGGCAUGUUCUCCGCUGGUAUGGUGUCACGGCGCGUCAACACCAAAGGCAUCAUCAGUGGAUCCGUCGUGUCGAUGGUGCUCACAGGCAUCAUCAUGAUCGGUGCUCAGCUCAAUCCCAAACCACCGAUGUUGCCACUUCGAACGGAUGGGUGUGAUGCGGUCACUCUGGCCAACGUAACCGUGCAGAUUUUCCAGAGUGCGGCCAACCCGGGCGUGUCUGAAACUGACACCAUUCCGUUGAUCUUUAAGCUGAGCUUCAUGCACUACUCGCUGUUAGGGCUGUUGAGCUUCUUCAUCGUGUGCUUCCUCGUAAGCGAGCUGACGGGAGCAGGUGAAAUCAGUGACGAACGAUUGCUGGCUCCGUUCCUGCGUGAGCCUGAGAAACUGGAAAAGGAGAUGGCCCGGAUGAAGCACAACAUCAAGUACGACCAAAUCGACAUGGCUCUGAUGGAGUUCCAGAAACCGGUCUACCCAACGGCACCACAAAUAAACGUAGAGAAGAAGUAACGAAUAGUCGCGUCGCGUCGGUUAAGGUGUUUUAAAUAGACUUUGAAAAC